CCUUCUACCUACGUCCUAUAUAAAUCAUCUCUGACCUCACUUAAUUAUACUUCCACAGAGAAGAAAAGAAAGAAUGGGGAAUUGUCUAAGGCACGAGUCAGAAAUGCACUGGGCUGGUGAAGAUUGGGAUGAUUUCACCACACAAGAUGAAGAAGACCAUCGUCAUCAUCAUAGCUCUAAGAAGACCUCCAUUAAGGCUAGCAAAACAGAAACUGUCACAGAAGACGGUAAAUCAUGUGAUCCAUCUCGUUACGAGAUCAAGAUCAGACUAACGAAGAAGCAACUCCAAGAUUUGCUUAGUAAAGUCAACGUCCAUGACUUAACCGGUUCUGCUGCAGCGCCUGGUCUUGAUCGUAAAACUGAAGAAUGCAACCAGCACCGGUUAUGGAAACCGGUUUUGCAGAGUAUACCAGAGGUUAACUGAAAGAUUUUCAGAGAUGAGACCAUAUUAUAUAUUCGUUAGUGGGUUUCUUCAGUUUUAGGGUAGGAUGUUGAUGUAAAUUUUAAGUUUUUGUUUUCUUUGUCAGACUCUAAAUCACUUAAAUAUACAAUAAAUUAAAUAAUAAUAAAUAAUAAUAA